AUGUUGAGCAGGCUGUGCAAGAUAUCGUACGGCUCAUUAAACAGGAUCCAAGAACUGCACUUCUCAUUGUUCAGCUCCUUCGAAGGUAUCAACUGGAGAGAAACGCUGAGCAGCAGCAAGCCAGCUCACCGGAUACGGACAAGGUAUCUCAGACAAGCUCACCUGCAUCAGCUGUUGAAGAGCCAUUGA